AGAAACAGCUGGAUCAUGGUCAAACAAAACUUCCCAAAAAGUCAUGCAGUCGUCUGAAAGUCGGUGACCUCUUGACAUCCUUGUCUGUAUAGCUUCUGCUGGAACUAUCAAAUGCAUCACAUCCUGAAUACUGGAAAACUUUUAGUGGGAAAGACCCACCACAUAGUGAGGCACAAGAGUUGCUCUAGCUGUGUAAAGAUGAUGCAAGCAGUGUGUGUUGACGUACCAGGAGGACCGGAGAAUUUGCUGCUGAAGACUGUACCCAGACCUCAACCCAAAAAUGGAGAAGUCCUAAUUAAAAUUCAUGCAACUGCCCUCAACAGGGCAGACUUAUUACAGAGGCGAGGCUUGUACCCCCCUCCCCCAGGUGAGAGUGACAUCAUAGGCUUGGAGGUGGCUGGUACCGUGGAUACUCUGGGCCUAGGGUUGAAAAGAAACUGGAAGCCAGAUGACAGGGUAAUGGCUUUACUCUGCGGAGGAGGAUAUGCAGAAUAUGUGUCUGUGCCCGAGGAGCUCCUCAUGCCCGUACCCCCUCACCUCACACUCUCCCAGGCUGCUGCAAUCCCAGAGGCCUGGCUCACUGCUUUUCAGCUGCUGGUUCUCGUAGCUCAGGUGAAGGAGGGCGAGGUAGUGCUGGCUCACGCUGGAGCCAGUGGAGUGGGAACAGCUGCUGUUCAGCUGGUUCGUCUGUUUGGUGCCGUGCCCGUCGUUACUGCGGGGAGCCCAGAAAAACUGAAGAUGGCCGAGAAACUGGGAGCAGCAGCUGGGUUUAACUACAAAGAGGAAAGCUUCGCGCAGGGAGUUCAUGACUUCACAGGAGGCAAGGGAGCAAAUAUCAUCCUCGACUGCAUUGGUGGGUGCAACUGGGAGCCAAAUGUAAACUGCUUAGCCACCGACGGCAGGUGGGUGCUGUAUGGCACCAUGGGAGGCAGGGGAGUAGAGGGGGAUCUGCUGGGCAAACUGCUCUCCAAGCGAGGCCACUUGCUCACCAGCCUCCUCCGCUCUCGCAGCCUGCAGUACAAAGCAGACCUGGUAGAAGCUUUCUCUCAGAAAGUGUUACCGUACUUCUCGGAGCAGCCUUCCUCCCUGAGGCCAGUGAUUGACAGCACAUUCAACCUGAAGGACAUCGCUGAAGCUCAUAGACACAUGGAGGCCAACAGGAACAUGGGAAAGAUUGUUGUUAAUGUAAUUCAGUAGUCUCAGUCUUCAAUCAGUAUUAUUUACAGCCAUAUAAUAAUAUAUGGCUCUGAAAUGAACAUUCCAUUAAUGAAUCUUACAACAGGAUGUUAUUUGUCUCACAAAGAUGUUGAUUAUGAUUUUAAAUAUGCACCAUCCACCAAUAAAAUGAUGAUUUUU